UUUCAUUUUCCUUUUUCAAUUGUCAAAUCGGUUAUUUAAUGAAUCGUCAUAACAUUGGCAACAUUACAAUGAAUCAUUAUCACAUUCUAUUCUAUCAUAUCAUUAUCAUUUCGACAAUCAUUACUGCUACCAUAGCUAAUCCAGCUAGCAAUAAACCUGAUAAUAAUGAAUCGGAUAAUGGUGGUAAUUUGCCGGAAGAAUAUUUCGAUAUUGCGAAACGUUCCAAGAAUUCCUAUUCAUGGAUGAAUACUGAUGCUAUCCGAUCACCAUCACGUGAUUUGUUUGUCGUUUUAGAGAAGCCAGCACCAUUAAAUCCAUAUUCCUGGCAAUAUAUGGUGAAAAAAAAAGAGCCAAACAAUUUCACGAAAUCCUUAUUCGUGGAUGAAUCAUCCUAA